AUGUUCACCAAACCAAAGAACUCAAGAGGCUGUGAUCUGCCUCCAAGCCCUCCAUCUCUUCCGAUCAUAGGUCAUCUUCACCUUCUCCUCUCUUCCCUAACCCACAAGUCUCUUCAGAAAUUGUCCUCCAAGUAUGGACCUCUCCUCCAUAUCCGCAUCUUCAGUGUCCCCAUCAUCCUCGUCUCCUCCGCCUCUAUGGCCUAUGAGAUCUUCAGGGCCCACGACGUGAACGUUUCUUCUCGCGGAGCUGCUGCGAUUGAUGAGUCCCUAGUGUUUGGAUCUUCCGGCAUCGUCAACGCUCCUUAUGGUGAUUACUGGAAGUUCAUGAAGAAGCUCAUGGCCACUAAGCUGCUCCGACCGCAGGCGCUGGAGCGGUCACGAGGUGUUCGUGCUGAAGAGCUGCAACGGUUUUACGGGAGCAUUCUCAAUAAGGCGAGGAAGAAUGAGAAGGUGGAGAUCGCUAAGGAAGCGAUGAUUCUCAUGAACAACAUCUUGUGCAGGAUGAGCAUGGGAAGGAGUUUUUCAGAGGAGAACGGUGAGGCAGAGAGAGUCAGGGGCUUGGUGAAUGAAUCAUAUGCCUUGACGAAGAAGAUUUUCCUGGCGGCUAUACUUCGCAGACCGCUUGAGAAGCUUGGGAUCCCACUAUUCAAGAAGGAUAUAAUGAGUGUUUCCAACAGAUUCAGUGAGCUGCUAGAGAGGAUUCUUGUGGAACACAAAGAGAAACUGGACAAGGAUCAAGAUAUGGAUAUGAUGGACAUGUUGAUGGCAACUUAUGGAGACGAAAACGCAGAGUAUAUGAUCACUAGGAAUCAUAUAAAGUCGUUUUUCGUGGAGCUUUUCGUUGGAGGCACUGAUACCUCGGUGCAAACAACACAAUGGACAAUGGCUGAGAUAAUGAAUAACCCUAACGUUCUUGAGAGGCUGAGAGAAGAAAUCGAUUCCGUUGUAGGGAAAUCAAGGUUGAUUCAAGAAACAGAUAUACCAAACCUCCCGUACUUGCAAGCGGUGAUUAAAGAAGGGCUAAGAUUACACACACCAUCGCCUCUCUUGGUAAGGACCUUCCAGGAAAAGUGUGAGAUCAAAGGGUUCUACAUUCCAGAGAAGACAAUUCUUGUUAUUAAUGCUUAUGCUGUGAUGAGAGAUCCUGAUUCUUGGGAAGAUCCUAAUGAGUUUAAGCCAGAGAGGUUUCUAGGUUCUUUAAGACCAGAGCAAGAAGACGAGAGAGAGCAAGCACUGAAGUACAUGCCUUUUGGUAGUGGAAGGAGAGGCUGUCCUGGAUCAAAUCUAGCUUAUACAUUUGUAGGAAUCGCAAUAGGAGUGAUGGUGCAGUGCUUUGACUGGAGAAACAAAGGAGAUAAAGUCAAUAUGGAAGAGACUUUUGAAGGAAUGAGCCUAACUAUGGUUCAGCCGCUUAAGUGCACUCCCCUGUCCAUUAUCAGUUUUCAAGAACAAAAUAAAGGGAUUCUUAAUUAUGUUUCAUCUUCUUCGUCUUUCACUUCGGAGCAACAAUGGCAGCAAUGUUCACCGUUGACUUUCAAAACUGCUUCAUCUUCAUCCUCCUCUGCCUCUUCUCAAUCCUCUGCUACUCUCUCUUCUGCAAGAAACCAAAGAACUCACGAGGCUGUGAUCUGCCUCCAAGCCCUCCGUCUCUUCCGAUCAUCGACACUGUCCUCCAAGUAUGGACCUCUCCUCCAUAUCCGCAUCUUCAGUGUCCCCAUCAUCCUUGUAUCAUCUGCCUCUAUGGCCUACGAGAUCUUCAGGGCCCACGACGUGAACGUUUCUUCUCGUGGUGUUCCUGCAAUCGAUGAGUCCCUCGUGUUUGGAUCUUCUGGCUUCUUCACCGCUCCCUACGGAGAUUACUGGAAGUUCAUGAAAAAGCUCAUGGCCACUAAGCUGCUUCGACCACAGGCGCUGGAGCAGUCACGAGGUGUUCGUGCUGAAGAGCUGCAACGGUUUUACGAGAGCAUUCUCAAUAAGGCGAGGAAGAGUGAGAAGGUUGAGAUCGGUAAGGAAGCGAUGAUUCUCAUGACCAAAACCUUGUGCAGGAUGAGCAUGGGAAGGACUUUAUCAGAGGAGAACGGUGAGGCAGAGAGAGUCAGGGGCUUGGUGAAUGAAGUAUAUGCCUUGACCAAGAAGAUUUUCCUUGCGGCUAUACUUCGCAGACCGCUUGAGAAGCUUGGGAUCCAACUAUAUAAAAAGGAUAUAAUGACUGUUUCUAACAGAUUCAGUGAGCUGCUAGAGAGGAUGCUUGUGGAACACAAAGAGAAGCUGCGCGAGGAGCAUCAAGGUAAGGAUAUGAUGGACGUCUUGUUGGCAGCUUAUGAAGACGAAGACGCAGAGUAUAAGAUCACUAGGAAUCAUAUCAAGUCGUUUCUCGUGGAGCUUUUCGUUGGAGGCACUGAUACCUCAGUGCAAACAACACAAUGGACAAUGGCCGAGAUCAUUAAUAGCCCUACUGUUCUUGAGAGGCUGAGAGAAGAAAUCGAUUCAGUAGUUGGGUUAACAAGGUUGAUUCAAGAAACUGAUCUACCGAACCUUCCUUACUUGCAAGCUGUGGUCAAGGAAGGGCUAAGACUGCACCCACCAUCGCCUCUCUCGGUAAGGACGUUCCAAGAAAGUUGUGAGAUCAAAGGAUUCUACAUUCGGGAGAAGACAGUUCUUGUUGUGAAUGCUUACGCUGUGAUGAGAGAUCCUGAUUCUUGGGAAGAUGCUAAUGAGUUCAAGCCAGAGAGGUUUCUAGGUUCUUCAAGAUUAGGACAAGAAGACGAGAGAGAGCAAGCACUGAAGUACAUGCCUUUCAGUAGUGGAAGGAGAGGCUGUCCUGGAACAAAUCUAGCUUAUGUCUUUGUAGGAAUCGCAAUAGGAGUGAUGGUGCAGUGCUUUGACUGGAGAAUCAAAGGGGAUAAAGUCAACAUGGAAGAGACUGUUCAAGGAAUGAACCUAACCAUGGUUCAUCCGCUUACUUGCACUCCAGUUCCUCGAACCAAACCUUUCUUCUUUUAGCUUCCGACACUCAACUUGGGGAAAAACAUGCAAGAGAAGUUUGGUCUCACUUUUUCUGUUCAUCUUCUUCAAAGAGCAUAAUAAUGCCCUGAUUUGUUUAAUAAAAAUGUUUAGAAGGAUAAAUUAUCUUAAUGAAUCAGGUUUGACUUUGUCCAGUCUGUAACAGUCAACAAUGAAUUUAAAAGAAAACUUAAAAUU